UUCUGCCACGGAGAGGGAGAGGCUAGCAUAAAUCCCAUUACAUUAUCUUUGAAGUUGCCGACCUCAUGAACACAACACAUAGGAUAAUAUAAGAACGACAUUUGAAUUUUACUAACCCAACCCAACCCAAGGAACACAAAGAUAAAUUGAACAAGAUCCUCCAAUCCAUCCAUCUCUUACUUACUUACCUGUUCUUCAUUCCUACCCCUUAUGGCGACUGCUACCGGGGAAGGCCAACCCAAGCUCAAGCUCUAUUCCUACUGGAGAAGUUCCUGCUCCUUCCGGGUUAGGAUCGCCCUCAAUUUGAAAGGGCUAGAGUACGAGUACAAAGCAGUAAACAUUGUGAAAGGAGAGCAGCGCAAUCCAGAGUUUUUGAAGCUCAACCCGAUAGGAUACGUGCCCGUGCUGGUGGAUGGGGACAUAGUUUUGUCUGAUUCUUUUGCUAUCUUAUUGUAUUUGGAUGAGAAGUACCCUCAGCAUCCACUGUUGCCAACUGAUCUCAAAAGAAAAGCCAUUAAUUUCCAGGUUGCGAACAUUGUUUCAGCAAGCAUACAACCUCUUCAAAAUCUGGUACUACUGGAUUACAUUAAAGAAAAAUUCGGUCCAGAAGAGAUAUUACCUUGGGUUAAAUAUCAUCUUGGAAAUGGCUUUGCAGCCCUUGAGGACCUCCUAAAAAUCUAUGCUGGAAGAUAUGCAACUGGAGAUGAAGUCUUCCUGGCAGAUUUAUUCUUAGCACCCCAAAUACAGUCUUUUGUUACAAGAUUCAAUUUUGACCUGACCCCAUACCCUGUUUUGGCCCGGUUGAAUGAAGCAUACAGCCAACUGCCAGCAUUUCAAAAUGCCAUGCCAGACAAUCAGCCUGAUUGUCCUUCCUCCAGCACUAGUUAGACAAAUGGGUUAUGAAGGUUAAUGAACUGCUGAACAGAUAUAUACUGUCCGAGUAAACCAAACAAACAGAUGAAUACUUGUAAGUGGUAGCAUAUGCAAAUAAAUAAUGCCUUGGAUAGUCUGUGAAAUCUGAGGUCUUUAUUAUCCUUGUAUGAUUUAUGUUGCUUGAAAUAAAUUAAAAUGGAAGAAGCUUUUUAUUUGUUAUGCAUUCAGUUUACUUUGAUGUCUGGUUUCUCCUUCGGGGCUACAUCAAUAACAUUUGUUAUUGUUAGGAGGAGGUUAUGAAUUAAUUACUGGGUUAUGUAUAAGAAACUUGUUCACUAUUUAAUAUUGCGCAUUGUUGGCA